UAUUGUACCGCAGUGUGGACACCACGCGCUAGGUGUCUCCCUCCCCGGAGUUUGUAGUUGGAAUGUCAAGACCGAGCGGCCUCCACUACAAAGCAAAUUUCAAAAUGGCUGCAGUUCGAACAAGGAGACGAUAAUAUGAGAUAAACUUUCGUUUUCACAGCAAACACAAUUAUUGACAUUAAGAAAAUAAAGUAAAAGAAAAAGGAUGUCUGGAUGCUACGACUGAAUGUAAAAAGAUGACAUUUCCCGCGUAACGUCACUAGUUCAGUCUGGCUGCUUUGAAAAGGGAGUCCCUGUUGAAGAGGCAGUGGAGAGAAUGGGGAGCGACUGCAGAAUUCAGCCAAUGUGGCUGUUCAGCACAAGACUGACUCCAGGACUGAGCUGCAGCCCCCGAAGCAUUGCUCUGUAUACUGUGCUGUGGCUUUUAACUGCUGCUAGAAUCUGUGGCGCAGCUGUGCGGAGUGAAGACCGAUCACCAGCGAUGGCUGCUGGAUCUGCCCCCUGCUGGCAGGUGGAGGAGUUUGUUGUGGCUCAGGAGUGUUCUCAAUGCACCGCCUUCGAAGCUAUGUCCUGGCUUGCAUGCAGCACAACGGGCUAUGUGGAGAAAAUCAACUGCGCCAAGUCCAAGAAGGACGAGUACAAAAGCUGCCGCUCUGCUGUGAUGGAGGAGCGUCUCUUCUGGCAGUUCGAGGGCUCCGUGGUGGGUCUGACCUUCGUCUUUGCCUUCCUUGUUGUCGUCAGGCAGCGGGCGCUUGACCGGCUGGCUUCAGAGAAAGUUCGCAAACAGAUUGAAUCCAUUUAAAAAAAAAAAAAAAAAACACCUUCCCCAGGACCCACAGUGCUGAGAAGCGGACAUGUUCUCAAUGAGCCAGCUGCAGCUGGAUUUGAAACUUCAGGGGGAAGGAUUUCAAAGUGAGUUUGAUCACGACUGAAGAUGUUUAAGUGUGCAGACCGCAGAGGAGACAGCAACAGGCAAGGCUGCUUGAACAUCUCUGAGUGUUUGAUGGAUAACACUGCCCUCUGCUGUUGGGUUGAGGUGACUCUUCGGGAGUAAACUUGAGGGAGACUUGCGAUCAAAUCACUUUUUGCUUUUUAAGUUGAAUUUAAUAGACUGAGGACAUUAUAUAAUGAAUGGUAACUCAGCCCUGUUUUUACUGUGUAUAUGUCUCAAUUGUGGAGGAGGGGGAUGCAUUUUAACAGCCUGAUGUUUCAAUAAAGUAAUUGUAGCAAAUUUUAA